CUCCGUUGGAGUCCGUGGAGUCUGUGUUUUGUUCCACCCAGAUCAAUAUUUGAAAAGGAUGGACAAAAAGAAAAUACCAGCAAAAAAGAGAGUACGGGUUCCCACCCAGAAAAUGAAGGACCUGCAGAACUCCCCUCCACCAAAUGAGCAAUCUGGGUGUUUUGCAUUUGUCAGAUGGGAGGAUGGUUAUACUGCCAAAAUCUUUACACGAUUUGACAUAUUGGCAAGAGAUGAGGCUCCUGUGCAGCUGCAAGAUCUUAGAUCAGGAGAUCCUGUUUUAGCAAAGUGGUCAGAUGGUAAAUUUUAUAGGGCCACUGUUGAAUUUAUUUCAGAGGGAGAUCAGGCUAAUCCACCAAAAAGCCGCCAAACUCCACAGGAGUCUUUUUUAAAUAUGCUAAAGGAUGAUGAGCCAUUAGACUCAACGUCAGGGUCUGACACCAUCAUAAUAGAUAGGAGUCCACUGUCUGAACAUGGUGAGCCAAUCACUGCGCCGAAUCCAUCACCUGAUGGGGGACAUGUAACAGGCCGCAGCACCGCUGGCCCACCAUCCUAUAGCUCUAACAAAGGGGACACCAUUGGUCCAUCACCCUAUGGAGGCAAUACAGCCAGACCAUCACCAUAUGGCCUCAACACUUCUCAUCCAUCUCCUUACGGAGGUCAUAGACCCAGCCCAUCACCGUAUGGCCUCAACAGCUCUGGUCUAUCUCUCUACGGUGGCCAUACAACCAGCCCAUCAACAUAUAGCCUCAACACCUCUGGUCCAUCUCCCUACGGAGAGCAUACACCCAGCCCACCACUGUAUGGUCAUGACACCCCGGGUCCGUCAUUCUAUGGAGGCCAUAAACCCAGCCCAUCACUGUAUGACCUCAACACCUCUGGUGCUUCACCCAGCGGAGGCCAUGCAGUUGGCUCUAGUGGGGUCAAUCCACCUGACAGAGGAAAAGAACCAGACAGGAAAGAUGCAGGCAGCUCAUCUGACAAGAGCAACAUCCAAUAUGGACAGCAGGCUGAAAAUGCAUGGACACCAUGUGAUGGCUGUAAGGGGGAGGUCGAAAGAAUCCAACGUGAAUAA